UCACAAUCAACAGACCUGAUCAACUCUAUGAGAAGGACAUGUGUCGCACUGCAAGCCCAAUGAGGAUAGGAAUAUCCUGGAGGAAUCUACAGGCUAUGUGCCAAAAGGAGUGUCAGCUGAACCAGAAGUAAAGUCUGAAAUCUCACACCUACUGUAAUACUGGACAUGACCAUAGCUGUUGUGUUUAGUGCUACUUACAUAACCCCUAGUUUAGACACAAUGAUUUGUCAACUUGUUAUUCUCAAUUAAAAUAUGCUAUUAUCACUGUUCUAUGUGCAGGAGGUUGCUGGGAGCAUGGAUGAAACCCCUGUAUUGGCAGCAUUGGUAGUAACCCCCCUAAUGGCAGAAGUAGUAGAAACCCCUGUAAUGGCAGCAGUGGUGGAGGCUGCUGCUCCAGUAGUGGAAGAGUCCAUUGUCAUGGAAGAGGUAGAGCCUGUUGCGGCUGCAGUGGAGGAGUUUAUUCCAGCAGUAGAGGAAUCUAUCCCAGUGACAUUAGUGGAACCAACUAUGACUGCAGUGGAAGAAUCCAUUGAGAUGGCAGAGGAGGGACACAUUAUUGAUGAAGUGGAAGCUCCCAAGCCAGAGGAGAUAACAGCAGUGGAAGAUACCAUCACGAAGAUAGAGGUUUCUGUCACCAUAGAAAAUUACUUAUUGGGAGAUGUAAUCACAGAAAGACACCGCUUGGCACAAGAGGUACCACAGUCCACCCCAGAGGAAGAAGUCAUAACAACACCAGAGGAGGCUGUUGAGGAAGAACCUGCAGCAAUAAAGCACAGAGCAACAGAUGAAGCACCUGUUACCGAGUCAGUCACAGAACCCAUUGUAACAGAAGCACCAGUUGCCGAGGCAGCGCCAGUGCCUAUAGCAACAGAACCAGAACCUGUUACCAUAGAAGCAUUGGUGGAAGUAAAAGCAGGUCAGGGUCUUGACGAUCUGGACCUGGACAUCUUUGACCUGGACGUCGACUUCUUAGACUGAAAGUGGAGGAAUGUCCUUAAAGUGACCAAAGAACACGUAGUGUUGUUCAUACUCCUAGUGAAAGGGCGUGUGGGCGGGAGGUGGGGUUUUGACCUUUACAGUGAAACUGGUGAAAGUCGGGUGGAGUUGGUCUUUCGGUCUUUAAACUGUGAAACACAAUGCAAGGGGGUUUGUAGAACGCUUUGGGUGAGAAUGGAUGGACAGGGUCCCAUUCAUUAGGAACAAACGCAGGAAAUGUUUUGCAACGGGAAAAAUAUAUUUUUGAACAGGUACAAAUUUACUGUGUCCACUCAAUUUCUGGUUAAAUGCUGAACGUGACUUCGGGGUGUAUUCAUUAGUCAGAUUUCAUUGCAUAACAUUUGGUCUGUUGCUAAAUGUUUUUGCAAUGGAUAACAAGUUUGUUGGACAAAUUCAAGUAGGUCCCUCCCCAUUUCGUUUUGUUUGCUUCCUAGAGUAAACUCUUUCCUUUGCAAAACAUUUAGCAACAGUACCCAACUAAUAAAUACACCCCGAUUUUGAAAUCCUUUGUGCAGUACCUCAUCGUCCACUCUCACAUUGACCCACAGUAUAGAAUGAAAUGUAGAUGUUAACCAGAGGGGGUCAUUGGGUUGAAAUGUUUACCUUAUCCAAUCACAUAGGAAGCUGGGAAUAGAGUAGUUCUCUACAGUACGUCUUACCCCUAGAUAACCAGGCUUCCAGGGUCUAUCUUUCAUUAGUUAGGUUAGGUCCUCUCCACAGGUGUUGAGCUUGUGUUCAGUAUACCUCUACUUGUCUGGGCACGCAUGCUGCUCUGCCAUGGUCUAGGUCUCUGCUGUUUUUAUAGGGAACCUACUUCAUUGUUAUAGAUGUGAAUCCAAGUGCCUUCUGUAUGACUGGUCUGGAAAAGGGAAUGAAAUGUUAUCAACUCAAUAUGACAAGUGUUUGUCUGAAUCAGGCCAUAGGAAUAAUUCAGAGACUGUAAAUAAAGACAUUUUUAUUUUGACUGUAAA